UCCGACAGCUUAGCUCCGACAGCUUAGCUCCGACAGCUUAGCUCCGACAGUUUAGCUCCGAUAGCUUAGCUCUGACAGCUUAGCUCUGACAGCUUAGCUCCGACAGCUUAGCUCCGACAGCUUAGCUCCGAUACCUUAGCUCCGACAGUUUAGCUCCGAUAGCUUAGCUCCGACAGCUUAGCUCCGAUAGCUUAGCUCCGACAGCUUAGCUCCGAUAGCUUAGCUCCGACAGUUUAGCUCUGAUACCUUAGCUCCAACAGUUUAGCUCCGAUAGCUUAGCUCCGAUAGCUUAGCUCCGAUACCUUAGCUCCGAUAGCUUAGCUCUGAUACCUUAGCUCCGACAGCUUAGCUCCGAUACCUUAGCUCCGACAGUUUAGCUCCGACAGCUUAGCUCCGACAGCUUAGCUCCGACAGCUUAGCUCCGACAGCUUAGCUCCGAUACCUUAGCUCCAACAGUUUAGCUCUGAUACCUUAGCUCCGACAGUUUAGCUCCGAUAGCUUAGCUCCGAUAGCUUAGCUCUGAUACCUUAGCUCCGAUAGCUUAGCUCUGAUACCUUAGCUCCGAUAGCUUAGCUUCCUCCUGUUGUUUCCAAGCAGGAAAACAGUGAAACUAAAGUCCGUUUUCCAUCUUUUUACCAUUUCGGUCGUGUGAUUGGACAUUACAUCCAAUAACGCAGCAAGUUCACACCAUUGCUAAAUAAUUUUUUAGUAACUUGGAUUCAAAAUAUCUGUGAGACACUCGUUUUUAUCAGUUAUGUUUAUGGCACCUGAAGAUGGCGCUCAUAUCCCUUCAUAUCCUUCGUUGCAGAGUACGUCUACAGCAGCGACGUCACGUUCCAAAGCUCUAUUACAUCCAAACAGCAACUCCAUAUAUGGAGGGAAAACAGAGUUUGGCCACUAAUUGUUCUCCCAGCUGAUCAGAUGAGCGCCUGAAGACCAGCAGCAUGAGACGCAAGAUGAGAAAACAGAUCUAGAAAAUCACGUUGUCUGAUUUCUUUAGAGAAUUUAUUUGCAAACACUUUAGGUUUGAUAUUAACCUAAACGUACUUCACCAAAGAUCUGUGCAUCAACCCCAGAGACCCAAACCCAGCAGGCCGGGCCAGCUGAACGGAGCGGCUGAGCAACGAUGAGAGAAUGGAAGACAGAUGUGGAUCCUGUGGCAGUGACCGACCUGCAGAGGGCGCAACGCCACGGCUGCUGCCAGCGACGCCUCCAGGGAUCCUGCCCGGCACUCGGCCCGACUGGAGCACUCCGGUGAUCCAGGAGGGAGAAUGUCGGGUUCUCAGAUGGAACCAAAGUAGAACCGUUUGGUAUCCAGACUGGGAGCCUGGCAGGAGGGACGGCCCCAACCUGUCUGCGGGCCUGCUGGGACCGCCGCCCAUGUCCUCCGGACCGCUAGGCGGGAUGUCCUCCUGCUGGGGAGGCCGCAGCCGCUCCGAACUCCCCAUGGGCCAGAACACGCUCCGCAGCAGGGUGGUGGUGGUGAAGUACGACAGGAAGCCUCUGAGCAACAAGACGCUGUUCGCCUUCACCGAGACGUUCGGCCGCCUGCGGGAGCACCUCAUCCUGUCCAACAAGGCCUUCCUGGAGAUGGAGAGCCACGAAGCGGCGGCCAACAUGGUGGCCUUCUACAAGCAGCAUCCCACCAAGCUGUACGGGAAGCCUGUCACCUUCUACCUGUCCCAGAGGCUUAUGGUCAUCGAGAAGUCCCACCGGGGCGCGGACCCAGCGGCGGACCGGCCCUCCAGGGACGUGGUCGGCCACGGCAGCAAGGUGGUGUUCUUCGCCAACCUGCCCAAAGACGACGAGCAGAAGAAGGAGCUGCUAACCAUCGCCAGACGCUUCGGCACCGUGGACAAGCACCUGUUCCUCACUGACCAGGCGUUCGUCCAGCUGGGGACCAUGGAGGACGCAGAGAUGCUGGUCAAGUACUACAGCAUGAACCCGCUCAUCAUCAAAGGACGGCUGAUCCGUCUCAACAUCUGCACCAAGUACAAAACCCUCAAUGUGAGCCACAGGCAGGAGGAGAAAGAUGCUCCUAGUCGGAGGAUCAGCCGGUCGGACGCCUCUAGGACCUCCAGGGAGACCUCCUCCAGGAGCAGAGAGGAGAAGAAGAAGAAGGACGACAAGGAGAAAUCUGCAGCGGCAGAGAGCAAUGAAGAAGAUCCAGCAGAGAAGAAGAGAGGCGAAGAAGAGGAGGGAGCAGGAGGAGUCUCAGAUCAGGAGGAGGCAGACAGAGUAGAGCCUGAGAAGGAAGAGCAGGAGGAGCGACAUCAGGAGGAGGAUUCUAGUGAUGAUGACAUCACAGAGGGCGGAGCUAAGAAGUACGCUGGAGUUUCUGCAGAGGAUCCAGAAACCAAAGAAGAAGAGAGCGCUGAAGUACCAGACGAUGGAGAGGAGUUCGACCAGAGCUUCCUGGAGAACAUGGAGGACUUUGUGACCCUGGACGAGUUGGACGAAGACGACGGCGACGAGGGCGACGACGGCAUCGACAACACGAGGAAAGGAGGUAUGAGGGUGGUCAACAUCCUGGGCUUCAGGCGCGGCUACAACUACCGCAACGAGAUGCUGGCGCUGGCCAAGCCGUUCGGGAAGGUGGUCAAACAUCUGGUUCUGGAUCUGAGACCCGAGGCCUACAUCCAGUUUGAGACGGAGGCAGAAGCCGUCAACAUGGCUAAGUUCUACAACGGCAACGUGACGGCGACGGUUUGCGGCCGGCCUGUCAGGAUCACUCACUCCCUGAGCUACCCCACCAUCCAGUGCGGAUCCGGCAGAGUCGUCUACAUCGGCCAGAUUCCCAACAUCCGCUUCUCCGACGAGGAGAUCCUGACGCUGGCCGAGCCGUACGGAAAGAUCCGGAAGUACUUUCUGCACCGGAUCAAGAGAGAGUGCUUCAUAGAGAUGGAGAAACCCGAAGCUGCAGAGAAAAUGGCCGAAGCCUGCAAAGGGAAGCAGCUCAAGUUCCACGGCAAGCGGCUGACCGUCUACGUGAGCCGCAAGUACAAGCAGCUGAAGCAUGGCCAUCAGUACCCGGCGCCGUCCAAGAGGGACAAGAGUCCGGAGCGGAGCGGCCGCGGUGCCGAGGAGCCGCCGGCCAAGAAGCAGAAACAGGAGGAAGAGGAGGACCGCGAGGAAGAGGAGGAGGAAGAGGAGGAGAAGGAGGCCAAGGCCGGGGAGACGGAGGAGGAAGAGGAGGAGGAGCAGGAGGCGGGGCCAAGCUGUGACAUCACUGAAGGCGCCGCUGUGGAGAAAGACUCUGCAGAGAAACUUCCAGAAAGUUCAGACGAUACGAAACCAGAGGAGGAGAUGGAGACGUCGACCAAUCAGAACGGUCAGACGGAGGCCCCGCCCCCUGCUGAGCCCGGCGUGGCGGCUCUCCCGCCCUACGACCCCGACACCCCCAUGGGCGUGGAGCAUGUGAAGAUGGGAUACUACUGCCGCCUCUGCUUCCUGUUUUACUCCAACGAGGAAAAGGCCAAGAAGGCGCACUGCAGCAGCCAGGCGCACUACGACAAGCUGCAGAAACAUCUGGAGAAGGAACGGGCCAAAGCGCAGAAGAAGAAGCUGAAGAAGACGGCGGCCUGAAAACACCUGAAGAAGAGUUUCAUGUUUUUUGCUUUUAUGUUUUAGAUGUUUGUCAGAACGAACCGGGUCGGAACCCGUCUGGAUGUGGAUCUGCUGUUCAGAACAUUUUACACAAUAAACUGGUUCCUCAGAA